ACGGGAUUUAAAGUAUUGCUAUCUGCAUCUGACGGAGGCACACCGCAAAGAUCCGGUACCGUAGUCAUUCACGUCACUGUACUGGAUGCUAACGACAACGCCCCAGUGUUUAACCAGGCCGUUUAUAAAGCCAGUCUGCCUGAAAACUCUCCGUUAGAUACUGUAGUGGUUACAGUGAGUGCUACAGAUGCAGAUGACGGAGUGAAUGGGGAAGUUACCUAUGACUUCGGCCAUAUUUCAGAGGAGGAUAAGAACAUGUUUUUCAUCAAUUCGAAAAUGGGUGAGAUCAGAGUUAUUGGAUCUAUUGACUAUGAAGAGGUGUCUUCAUUUGAAUUGCGUAUUCAAGCUAAGGAUGGUUUAGGGUUAGCAUCAUAUUCUAAAGUCAUAAUUGACAUCACAGAUAUUAAUGACAACGCUCCUGUGAUUUAUCUACAAUCUCUAACUAACCCCAUACCUGAGAACGCGUCACCUGGUACAGAGGUGGGCAUCAUUAACGUGCAGGAUAGAGACUCUGAGAAUAACCGACAGGUCCGCUGCUCCAUUCAGCAAAACCUUCCCUUUAAGCUGGUGCCAUCCAUCAAAAACUACUAUUCUCUGGUGACCACGGGCGAACUGGACCGUGAACUGGUGUCUGAUUACAACAUUACAAUCACUGCCACCGACGAGGGCUCUCCACCUCUGUCCUCCUCUAAAAGUGUUCAGUUAUCUGUAGCUGACGUCAACGACAACCCACCUGUGUUUGAGGAACAGUCAUAUAAGGCCCACGUGACUGAAAAUAACAAUCCUGGUUCCUCCGUGUGUUCCGUUACUGCACGGGACCCAGACUGGAGACAGAACGGAACAGUGGUUUAUUCUCUUUUACUCGGUGAAGUGAACGGUGUCCCUGUGUCCUCGUUUUUAUCCGUUAACGGAGACACGGGGGUGAUCCACGCUGUGAGGUCGUUUGAUUAUGAGCAGUUCAGGAGUUUUAAAGUCCAUGUGAUGGCCAGAGACAACGGUUCUCCUCCGCUCAGCAGCAACGUCACCGUCAGUGUGUUCAUAACGGAUGUGAAUGACAACUCUCCUCAGAUACUAUAUCCCGCCCCGGAGGGGAAAUCCUUCAUGACCGAGCUGGUCCCCAAAGCUGCGCACGGAGGCUCUCUGGUUUCCAAGGUGAUAGCUGUGGACGCGGACUCUGGCCAGAACGCCUGGCUGUCCUAUCAUAUAGUCAAAUCCACUGAUAUGGGACUUUUCACUAUUGGUCUCCACAGUGGAGAGAUCAGGACACAGCGGGACAUUUCUGAAUCUGAGAGCAUGAAACAGAACCUCAUUGUGUCAGUGAAAGAUAACGGACAGCCCUCUCUCUCUGCCACCUGUACCAUGUAUUUAGUGAUUUCUGAUAACAUGGCUGAAGUGCCAGAACUGAAAGAUGUCUCUUAUGAUGAGAACAAUUCCAAACUCACCUCUUAUCUGAUCAUCGCGCUGGUGUCCGUUCCACCUUUUUCUUCACCUUCAUCAUUGUCAUCCUGGCGGUGAGGUUUUGCCGCAGGAGAAAGCCCAGACUGUUGUUUGACGGAGCGGUCGCCAUCCCCAGCGCGUAUCUCCCUCCCAACUACGCAGAGGUGGAUGGCGCAGGAACUCUUCGCAGCACUUACAAUUAUGACGCAUACCUGACGAC